CGCACAGCGUUGCUGCGGACGCAUACCCUGACUUCCGCCGGCUAUGCACUGUGUCUUCUAGCGUUCUGCUUCAAGCUGCGGCACAGCCUGGCCUUGGAUCACUCCCAGCUAGAUGGCAUUCCCGACGACGGGUCUGAGCCCCGAGACGUGAUCCGCAACCACGAGACAGGAUCCCGGAUGCAGAGCCUCGUGCAGUGCCACCAGGGAGCAUCGGAUGUAAGCGCGCUGCGCCUGUUGCGCGUGCGUAGUGAUGAAACAUCCUUGCGAUAUUGGAAGGACACAGAAUUACCAUUCACGUCUGGAAAGACGACAACCCAUGGCAGAGGCCGCCUUUGUGUUGCAGCUUUGAGGCCCUCUGAUCUUCACUUUAACAGGACCUGCACAUGACAGGACAAUGACUCGCUCCCUAAGUCAUCGAUAUACUAUAAGUAGCCAUGGACCUAACGCCCUUAGACAUGCUCGCGCCAAUAGCAGCACCUCAACGAAUCCUGUCUACCGCCAUGGCACCGCAAAAGGAAGAUGAUAGAGGGAGCAAUGACGACCAAGAAAAUGUCACUACCCAUGACGACCUCUUUUCGCAGAUGGGCAGUCAGUUCAACGACCCAGGCGACCGAGAGCACGACUACCCCAACGAGGUCAAGCUUGCCGAGGAAGAUAUCCCAAAGCAAUGACUUGGAAACGUUGGUUCGGAGCUUUGGCUGGUGGGACUGUACAGCGGAGUGCAGAAGAUAGAGUAGACUGCGGAUCAAGCAAGCAGCUUUCACGUACAUCGCAUUGGCAAUAAAGGGUCGCUUGCACCACGGUUCGAGUCAAGCUCUUCAAAAAAAAAUCUCAUAAGAUGCUAGUAAACGCCAAACGAUGUCAAUGCCAUUCAUUUGAGAAACUAUCCACUAGAC